ACGAUGAUAGGCAGAACGGCAGAAGUAAUGCCACAGAGAAGUAGUGGUGGUGCCGCGUUAACUGGCCAGAAUUUUACUUUGUUUAUUGACUAUCUUUAUCCCCACCGAUGUUUGCAAGUAGCUUCGUGAAGUAGGCUACUGGCUAAAACACAGUGCCCCAUAGACAAGUAUGUUUAAUAUUUGUAUCCAAUUUGCAUUCAUCUUGUGAGCGAUUCCUAUAUUUCCCAUAUUAUUUCCCUCAAAAACUAAUUAAGCUGACCGUCAAUCAACAAGGAACUACUGUAACUACAAAAUGGUAGCGAUAAUAAUUCAAGGCUGCAAGUACGGUUUACUUAAACGAAACGGAAUAUCACGAAGGUGAAUAAAGAAUUCAUUAUUAUCCGAGGCUAUUUCAACAACUGAUAAAACACCUAGGAAAAAAGGCUGAAACAAAAUGGCACAUAUAGAAAUUACUCAACGUAAAUCAAGUCUUAUAAAGGAGGCUAUCAUUCAGAUUGGUGCAGGUGGUUCUGCAGGUUUUGUAGAAGCUUGUAUAAUGCACCCCAUGGAUCUUAUUAAAACACGUUUCCAAUUGCAAGUUAAAAUGGGAACUCAAGAUGCUCUUUACUAUACAGGAAUUAGAGAUUGUAUGAAUAAAAUGUAUAACAAUGAGGGAGUUGCAGCAUUUUGGAAAGGUAUAUUACCGCCAAUUAUCAUGGAAACUCCUAAAAGAGCUGUGAAAUUUUUCUCCUUUGAACAGUACAAGAAGCUUUUUAAUAAUCACAUGUCACAGUCAAUGGCAUUUUUUUGUGCUGGAUUCUUAACAGGUGUAACAGAGGCAAUUUUAAUAAAUCCUUUUGAAGUAGUUAAAGUACAAAUGCAGUCUAAUCGUAAACAUAUCAGUGAUAGUCCAUCAACUAUUGCUGUUACUCGACAUAUUCUUUACAACCAAGGUUUUGGACUAAAUGGUCUUAAUAAAGGUUUAUCUGCUACAAUAAUGAGAAAUGCUGUUUUCAAUGCUUUUUAUUUUGGGAUUUAUCGUUCUAUGAUUCUUCGACUGAAUAAACAAAAAGAAUAUGUUCCAGAACUGUUUCUGAAGUUUGCUAUAGGUUUUAUAGCUGGGACGGUGGCAUCCUGUAUGAACAUACCUUUUGAUGUUGCUAAAAGUCGUAUUCAAGGUCCACAAGGAACAAUCCAGUAUAAGGGUACUCUGCAAACUAUUUACUUAGUUUAUCAAAAUGAAGGAUUUAGAGCCUUGUAUAAAGGAUUGUUACCAAAGAUCUUACGAUUAGGUCCAGGUGGUGCAAUUAUGCUUAUAGUUUAUGAUAAAAUGACAGCAUUUCUCAAUAUGCAGUUUGGUGAUUAAAAUAAAAUUUUACUCUACAGAGCGGAUUGGACAAUGCAUUUCUUACAUUACCAAUGAAUUGUUUAAAAAAAAAUGGCUCCUUGAUAUGUAUUUGUUUGUAUGAGAUUAUAGUUAGAAAUGUGAUUUAGCCUUAGAUUUAGUGAUAUUGGUAGUGUGUUUAAAGAUUAAUAAUUUACAAAUAAAUGUUUUAUACAAGUAAUCCAGUCAUCCAACAAUAUAAAAUAAAAAAUAUGUCAGAUUUAUACAACAUGUUGUUGAAAAGAAAAUUGUGUAAUUAUAUCUGUUAUAAAAUUUGAAAUGUCUAUGUAAAAAAAAGGUUGAAAUAUAUCACAAAAAAGAAUAUACUCUAAUUUUUAUUAAUCUA